AUGUCCCUGCUCUCCGGGUGGACUUCGAGAUUCGGCAUCCCUGCCCUCAUAACGUCCAACCAGGGCACCUCUUUCACUUCGCAGCUCUGGACGUCCCUGGGGCAGUUGUUGGGCACCUCCAUCCAUCACGCCAUGGCUUACAACCCGGAAGCUAACGGCAUGGUAGAGCGUUUCCACAGAAUUCUGAAAGCUGCCCUGAUGUCUCGAUGUAGCAACUCAAUGUGGUUUUCGAAAUUUCCCUGGGUCCUUCUCGGCCUACGAACGACUCCAAAAGAAGGGCUCGACGUCUCUCAAGCAGAGAUGGUUUUCGGAGACCUCGUGGUUCCUGGCGAAAUCUUCCCCAAUGCUCCAUCGAGCGACGACAUCGCUAGACUACGACGCAUCGUCGGGAAGUUCGUCCCCUGCAAACAGACCUACAGGCCACCCAAACACUGUUACGAUCUACGCGCGAUGAAGUAUGUUUCCCUCCGCACACGCGCCCACACGCCUCCCCUCACCCCUCCCUACUCUGGCCCAUAUGAAGUCAUUGAAAGGAAGGAAAAGGCAUUCCUGCUACAGAUUAAAGGCGUCAAUGAUUGGAUCUCGAUAGAUCGCCUAAAGCCAGUGUAUCUUCAGGACGAAGAUCCCCCUCCAGUACGGUUCUCCAGAGUAUUGUAA